AUGAGGCCUGAGAACCAGAGCAGCGUGUCCGAGUUCCUCCUCCUGGGGCUCCCCAUCCGGCCAGAGCAGCGGGGCGUGUUCUUCCUCCUGUUCCUGGGCAUGUACCUGACCACGGUGCUGGGGAACCUGCUCAUCAUCCUGCUCAUCCGGCUAGACGCUCGCCUCCACACCCCCAUGUACUUCUUCCUCAGCCACUUGGCCCUCACUGACGUCUCUUUUUCAUCUGUCACUGUCCCAAAGAUGUUAAUUACUAUGCAAACCCAGGACCAAUCCAUCCCCUAUGCAGGGUGCAUAGCACAGAUGUAUUUUUUCAUAUUUUUUACUGACCUGGACAGUUUCCUUAUUACAUCAAUGGCAUAUGACCGCUAUGUUGCCAUCUGUCACCCUCUCCACUAUACCACCAUCAUGAGGGAAGAGCUGUGCACCUUACUAGUGGCUCUAUCCUGGAUCCUGUCCUGUGCCAGCUCCCUUUCCCACACCCUUCUCCUGACCAGGCUCAUGAGGCCUGAGAACCAGAGCAGCGUGUCCGAGUUCCUCCUCCUGGGGCUCCCCAUCCAGCCAGAGCAGCGGGGCGUGUUCUUCCUCCUGUUCCUGGGCAUGUACCUGACCACGGUGCUGGGGAACCUGCUCAUCAUCCUGCUCAUCCGGCUGGACGCUCGCCUCCACACCCCCAUGUACUUCUUCCUCAGCCACUUGGCCCUCACUGACAUCUCUUUUUCAUCUGUCACUGUCCCAAAGAUGUUAAUUACUAUGCAAACCCAGGACCAAACCAUCCCCUAUGCAGGGUGCAUAGCACAGAUGUAUUUUUUCAUACUUUUUACUGACCUGGACAGUUUCCUUAUUACAUCAAUGGCAUAUGACCGCUAUGUUGCCAUCUGUCACCCUCUCCACUAUACCACCAUCAUGAGGGAAGAGCUGUGCACCUUACUAGUGGCUCUAUCCUGGAUCCUGUCCUGUGCCAGCUCCCUUUCCCACACCCUUCUCCUGACCAGGCUGUCCUUCUGUGCUGCUAAUGCCAUCCCACACUUCUUCUGUGACCUCGCUGCCCUGCUCAAGCUGUCCUGCUCCAACAUCUUCCUCAAUGAGCUGGUCAUGUUUACAGUAGGGGUGGUGGUCAUUACCCUGCCAUUCUUGUGUAUCCUGGUAUCUUAUGGUUACAUUGGGGCCACCAUCCUGAGGGUCCCUUCAACCAAAGGGAUCUGCAAAGCAUUGUCCACAUGUGGGUCCCAUCUCUCUGUGGUGUCUCUGUACUAUGGGGCAAUAUUUGGACAAUACCUUUUCCCAUCAUUUAGUAAUUCCAUUGACAAGGACAUUAUUGUGGCUCUCAUGUACACAGUGGUCACACCCAUGUUGAACCCUUUCAUCUAUAGCCUUAGAAACAGGGACAUGAAAAAGGCCCUUGGGAAACUCUGCAAUAGAGCAGCAUUUUUCUCACAGUGA